AUGGAAAAUUUUGAAAGCAUCUCCUCUAUAUUGAAAGAGUUUUCUAUAAAGAAAAGAAGUUUAAAGAGAAUAAACAAACUGCUCUCAAACAAUGUAUGGGAUCAAGUUAAAUGCAUCACUCCAAAAUUGAAUGAAAUCAGAUACUUAACCUUUUCAAAUGGUACAUCCAUAUCCUUUCAUGACAUUAAUUGUUCGUCGUCACACGUGAGUUCAAGCCCCCAAACUCCUCUUGUUUCCGACCAAUACAAAUCUAUACCCAUGUCCGAGAACCUUUUAAUAACCGAUCAAUAUUCUAUAAUCGACAUUCCGUCUUCAGUAGUGAUAAUUCCUUCGAAAAGCAAUGAUAAUUUCCUGGAGGAACCAUUCAUUGAAUUAGAAUCUUCCCCUAAAUUUCCACCCGAUAAUCAGCUACAAAGUUGGCAUCGGUUGCAAAAUCUAAACUCUGAACCAUUCACAGAUAUCAACUUGGAUUAA